UGCUCUUCUUCUCCCCGCUCUCUCUCUCCCCACCCUGCCUGUGUUUUUGGAAGCCGUGCCAGGCGCCAGGGAGCCAGUUGUAGAGAGAGUUGCAGGGCUGGCUGGUGGGAAGGGCUACCCUUGCAGGAAGUUACGGCUGAAAGAGGCUGUCAGAGUGCGCAGCCUUCCCAGAGACCAAAAUAAACCACUGGAGAGAGACUGAGAAGCAUGCCGUGAACACAGCGUCCAGCCACAGAGUAGUGCAGAGUGAACAAAAAUACCAGAAGCCGGACACACAGCCGCAGACAUGGGCGCUUUCCAUAUGGAGCCAAGGGCACUGCUGGGCCUCUGAAUAUCAGCUGAGAUGAGCCACCGUUGCAGGUGAAGGGCUGGGCCAUGUCGCCAUGCAGCGCAGGGCUUUUCUUCCGCGAGCAGGGACCGGCUGGUGCAGGCUGACACAACUGGACUCCCGGCAGAAGGACGGCGGCACUGCUGCGUUGAAAAUGAACCCCACUGUUGUGCCAGGCAGCAACCUUGUUCUCAAGAGAAUCCUUCACGUGGACCGGACUUUGUGCUUCUUCGCAUCACCCCUCAGGAGCUUUGUCUGUCCUCAGGGGGGUUACCAUGGGCCUCCAUCUCAGUCUGUCUCCCCCCGGUCAAGCCAAACAGCACUGAAGAAUGUGGCCACUUCAGAGGCCAUCCAGAAACACCGGAAGAGCUUGUCUGACUGGUUCCGACAGCAGCCCAACGAGGAGCGGCAGUUCGGGCCAUCCUUUGCGCUGGAUACCACCCACGUGGACCCUGUGAUCCGGGAGAGCUCCCUGGAGGAGAUCCUGAACCCCUCCCCCAAGAUGACCCUCCAGUACCAGCUGCAGGCCUCCCGCAGCCACGCCCUUGGCCUGCAGAACCUCUUCGACGUGGACGGCUGCGGGCGCCAGGUGAGAAACGUGGUGCUGUACGGCACGGUGGGCACCGGCAAGAGCACUCUCAUCAAGAAGAUGGUGAUGGACUGGUGCUACGGGCAGCUGCCGCGCUUCGAGCUGCUGGUCCCGUUCUCCUGCGAGGACCUCUCCCAGGGCAACACGCCCAUCUCUUUGCGGCGCCUGAUCACCAAGAAGUACCUGCACCUCCGGGAAGUGGCGCCCAUGCUGGGAUCCGCCAACCUCAAGGUGCUCUUCGUCCUCAACGGCUUGGACCGCCUCAACUUGGAUUUCCGCCUGGCCCGCACCGAACUCUGCUGCGACCCCAACGAGCCCAUCCUUCCAUCCGCCAUCGUGGUCAACCUCCUGAGGAAGUACAUGAUGCCAGAGGCAAGCAUCAUCGUCACCACGCGCCCCUCUGCCGUGCGCCGGAUCCCCAGCAAGUUUGUGGGGCGCUACGUCGAGGUCUGCGGCUUUUCGGACACCAACCUUCAGAAGCUCUACUUCCAGAUGCGCCUGUGCCAGCCGGAAUGCAGCGGAGUCUCUGGCCCUGCCACGGCAGAGGAGUCCAGCGAGCGGGACAACCUGGUGGAGAUGCUUUCGAGGAAUCUGGAGCGGCACAACCAAAUCGCAGCCGCCUGCUUCCUGCCCUCCUACUGCUGGCUGGUUUGCACCACUUUGCACUUCCUUCACUUCACCCAGUCCGUGCCCCCCGCUCAGACCCUCACCGGCAUCUACACCAGCUUCCUGCGGCUCAAUUUCAGCGGAGAGGUGCUGGACAGCACCGACCCCUCCAACGUCUCCAUGAUGAAGUACGUGGCCAAGACGGUGGGCAAGCUGGCCUAUGAGGGGGUGAUGUCCCGGAAGACUUGCUUCUCGGAGGAAGACCUGCGCUGCUGCUUCGAGGUGGAGAUGAAGACGGAGAGCGAGCUCAACCUCCUGAAUGUCUUCCGGAGUGACGUCUUCCGCUUCUUCCUGACGCCCUCCGUCCAGCUGGGGAAAGAGCACACCUUCGUUUUCACCAUUCCAGCCAUGCAGGAGUACCUGGCAGCCCUCUAUGUGGUCCUGGGGGAGAAGAAGACCCUGGCACAGCGGGUAGGCAAGGAGGCCUCCGAGAUUAUUGGCAAAGUGAGCGAAGACGUGGCCCUGGUCAUCAGCCUCGUCUCCAAAGUCUUACCUCUGCGGAUCUUGCCACUGCUCUUCAGCCUCCUCAAGAUGUUCCCUCGCUACUUCAGCCGGUUCGGCAGCAAGGACCGCGACACCAUCGCCCGCACCAUGGCGGUGGAGAUGUUCAAGGAGGAAGACUACUUCAACGACGACGUGCUGGACCAGAUCAACUUCAGCAUCCUGGGGGUGGAGGGCCCCAUGCGUCACCCGGACGAGGCCUCGGACGACGAGGUCUUCGAACUGUUCCCCAUCUUCAUGGGUGGGCUGCUGUCACGCCGGAACCGGGCCAUCUUGGACCAGCUGGGCUGCCCCAUCAAGAACUUGGCGGCCUUUGAGAUCGCCAAGGCCAUGAAGAAGACCGUCAUCCGCAAUAGCCGUAAGGGCUUGCCGCCGUCUGAGCUCAUGGACUACCUCUUCUUCCUGCAUGAAUUCCAGAAUGAGCGCUUCACAGCUGAGGCCAUCCAGUCCUUGAGGACCAUCAGCCUCUCCUCCGUCAGGAUGACCCCCCUCAAAUGCUCUGUCCUGGCGUCUGUGGUGGGCGCCACCAGCCACGAGGUGGAGGAGCUGAACUUGGCCUCUUGCCACCUGGAUGUCAACAGUCUGAGGAUUCUCUUCCCGGUCUUGCUCCGAUGCAAGAAGCUUCACUUGCAGCUCAACAACUUGGGGCCAGAAGCUUGCAAGGAAAUCAGAGACCUGCUCUUGCACGACAAAUGCAUGGUGCACACCUUACGCCUUGCGGACAACCCCAUGAUGGAAGAGGGGGCCCGCUACCUCGCCGAAGGCCUCGCCGGCAACCGCUCUCUGCGCCACUUGUCGCUGCUGCACACCUCUUUGGGGAACCGGGGCGUGGAGGUGAUCACCCAGCACCUGGCUCAGAACCAGCACCUGGAGGAACUGGAUGUGGCCUACAACUCGGUGACUGACGAGACCGCGCUGGCCCUGGUGGAGGAGGCCAAGAGGCACACCAAGCUGAACAAAGUGCACUUGUACUUCAAUGAGAUCAGUGAGGAAGGGAAGCAUGCGCUGUUUGAGAUGCGCAAAGACCGCGACGGCAUCACCGUGCUCAUCUUCCUGACCAUGGGGGCCGACGUCUCCGAUUACUGGACCAUCAUCCUGAACGUGGUGCAGAAGAACCUGCCAGUCUGGGACCGCGACCGGGUACAGCAGCACCUCGGCCUGCUCUUGGAGGACCUGGAGUGCAGCCGCCGCCAGACAGCCAACCCCUGGAAGAAGGCCAAGUUCAUGCGGGUGGAGAACGAGGUCAAGAGGAUGCUGGGAAACAUCAAACAGGGGGACCUCUGAGGCUCCCGUUUCCCAGAACCUUCUGGGGAGCAGCAACUGAGCUGAGGGCAUCAGCUGGAGGGUGCGAAGGUACCGUGAAAAAUGGAGCGGGUUGUUCAUUUCUCUCUCCUGGGAUGAGCAAUAACCUUCACACCCUGCUGGUGGGCUGCUUGGAGGCAUCUAUUUGGGCCACUGCUGGAAGCAGGAUGUUGGACUAGAUGAACCUCUUGGUCUGACCCUGCAGGGAUCAUCUUGUGAAUCUGCCUUUCUCCUGCCAUUGUGAUGCAAAUGACAGACGUACAUACCAGUGAUUCAAGCGCUGAUUGAGUCGUCAGUCUUCCAUUCCUCAGGUGGACAGUUUGCCUUAAAAUAGUUUUGCUUAGGCUGUGUAUGUAUGUAUAUUUGUUUCAGCUUUCAUUUGCCACUUUACUUACCCGCCCCACCCUACAAAUCAAAAUAACAGUUCAAAGAACUGCUGGAGGGGUUAUGGUGGCAUAGACACCAGCCAAUCAGCACUGUGUACAGCUAUUCUGUCUAAACCGAAUACUGGAAUUAGGUAGGCAUUUGGGCUCUUCAAAUGAGGAAAAGACAUGUUUCAUUUAUUUAAAUGUAUAGUCUAGUCCAGGGAUAGGCUACCUUGGAUCUCCAGCUGUUGUUGAACUACAAGUUGUAGUUCAACAACAGGCACAGCUGGAAAGCCAAAGUUGCCUAACCCUGGUUGAAGGACAGGAAAUGGAGUGUAGGUAUAAAUGGAGAGUUUUCACAAUGGAGGGAAGUAAGAAGUGGGGUCCCCCAGGGAUCUGUACUGGGACCGGUGCUUUUUAAUUUAUUCAUAAAUGAUCUAGAAGUUUGGGGUAUGUAGUGAGGUGGUCAAAUUUGUAAUUGUUCAUACAAAUAAACUUUUUGUCAGUC